AUGGCUAAAUUAGGUUUUUGUCCCAAUUUAAUUGUGUAUAAUUGUCUCAUUGAUGGCCAAUCUAGUUCAGGAAAUCUAUCUGAAGCCACACAAUUGUUUUUGGAGAUGGAAAAGUUCAAAAUUUCACCUGAUGGUUUUUGUGGCGUGGGUAGAACUGGAGAAGCAGAUGUGUUACUGACAAGAAUGAAUAGUGAAGGGGUUAUUGCAGACUCUGUGACAUACAAUUCCCUAAUCAAUGGAUACUGUAAGGAAGGAAAUAUGGAAAAGGCUCUGGAGGUGUAUUCUCAAAUGACUAAAAGUGUAAAGCCAGAUGUUAUCACCUUUUCUACAUUGAAUGAUGGUUAUUGCAAGGCUGGGAACGUGCAAUCUGCUACAAGUUUAUACUCGGAAAUGGUAAUCAAAAGUAUUGUGCCCGAUCGUGGGCAUCUGACAGUGAAGCAUCUGAUCGGUGUGAUGAUGUUGCAUGCUGACGUGAUAAAGAUGGGUAUCAUGCCAAAUGAUAAGGGUGAUGGUCCAUCUUGUAUUGAAUUGCCUGCAUCUGCACUGUGCCAAACUGGAUAUGGCUGA